CUAGCUUGAGAAGCGCGGCGGCCAGGCUGAGUUGAACAACGGCGAGGACGACGAGGGAGGACGGGCGGAGGCACCGAGGCUUACAGGGAUGUACAGUAAACACAGGCAGAAAAAUAGCCACAUAACUUCAGCGACAUGUGGACGUUUGCUCUUCUUCCUUUCUUUUAUUUCGCUCAUCGGCGACCUGGCAAGAGCCGAUGAAAAAAGCAGCCGAAAAGGCUUGCAAAGAGGGCGCACAGUGACGGUGCAAUGGCUUUCUCAAGGUCGAAUCAAGAGGGAGGCCAACAUCUCAACUCAGGAUGAGCAUCCAAUUAGAGGGGAAAUUGUGCUCUCCUCCAGCGACCUCCAACUGGUGCUACAAGUAGAACGUAACCAUGAGCUUUUUGGUGCAGACUUCACAGAAACCUACUACACAGACGAUGGAAAGCCAGUGACUGUGACCAAUCACAAUUACACUGAUCAUUGCUUCUAUCACGGCCACGUCGGAGGACAUCCGCAUUCCUGGGUGGCCCUCAGCACAUGCUCAGGUGUCAGGGGAUUGAUAUCUUUGAAUUCUAACAACACUUUCUACCUGGAGCCAAUGGCCAGGCCGGGCCCUCCCCACCAUCAUUCAUUGCAGACUGUGGACCAACUGGAAUUUAAUGGUGGAACGUGUGGCCAAGGCUAUCACAGAACAGUAUCCACACUGUCCUCUCACAUCGCCAACCUCCUCACAGCACAUCAUUCAAGGGUGAAAAGGAGCACAUGGGGCACCACAAAGUACAUGGAACUCUACAUCGUGGCUGACAACACGCUGUUUAAACGGCAGAAUAAAGAUUAUGAGAAAAUCAAAGCGAGGAUCAUGGAAAUUGCUAAUUAUGUGGACAAGUUCUACAGGGCCCUGAACAUCCGCGUUCCUCUGAUUGGUCUGGAGGUUUGGACCGACCGGGACCAGUGUAUUGUCAGCGAGGAGCCCAACGCCACCCUGUGGUCCUUCCUGCAAUGGAGACAGAAGUUGAAGUCCCGCAAAAAGCAUGACAACGCCCAGCUGUUAACUGGCGUGAUUUUCAAGGGGACGACUAUUGGCAUGGCACCGCUGGAAGGCAUGUGCAGUCUGGAGAACUCAGGAGGGAUCAAUGUGGAUCACUCGGAAGUUUCUAUUGGCGCUGCCGCCACAAUGGCCCACGAGAUCGGACACAACUUUGGGAUGAGUCAUGACCACGACGGCUGCUGCUUGGAAGCGACCGCUGACCAAGGGGGUUGCGUUAUGGCGGCUGCCACUGGACAUCCAUUUCCGAGGGUCUUCAGCCACUGCAGCAAACGUGACCUGGACAGCUACUUCCAGAAGGGGGGAGGCAUGUGUCUCUAUAACAUGCCCAACAUGAAGGACCUUGUGGGGGGGAAGAAAUGCGGCAAUGGCUUCGUGGAGGAUGGAGAGGAGUGCGACUGCGGUGAACCGGAUGAAUGUACCAAUGACUGUUGCAAUGCCAACAACUGCACCCUGAAGGAGGAGGCUCAGUGUGCUCAUGGGGUGUGUUGCCAAGGCUGUAAGUUGAAACAGGCAGGCACCAUGUGCCGGGGCCCAGCUGGGUCCUGCGAUCUGCCCGAGUACUGCACGGGGGCGUCGCCUUACUGCCCCGCCAAUGUCUACCUGCUGGACGGCUCCACCUGCCAGUACGGACGGGCCUAUUGCUACAACGGCAUGUGUCUGACCCAUGAGCAGCAAUGCCUCCAGCUGUGGGGCUCCGGUGCCCGCCCGGCCCACGACGCCUGCUUUGAAGACGUCAAUGCGGCAGGAAACGCUUUCGGAAACUGCGGUAAAGAUGAGCACGGCAACUACAUGAAGUGUGCAAAAAGUGACGCCAAGUGUGGAAAGAUCCAGUGCCACAGUGCUGCCAAGAAGCCCAAAGGUACCAACGCUGUGUCCAUCGACACCACCGUCAAGACGGGAGGCAUGGAGGUGAAGUGUCGCGGGACCUACGUCUACAGCACGCAGGACGGCCAGGGCGACCUACCCGACCCCGGCCUUGUCGUGACCGGCACCAAGUGUGGCGAGGGCCAGGUAUGUCGGGACCGCCGGUGUCAAAACGCAUCGUUUAACGAGCUGGAGGUUUGCAUCGCACGGUGCCACGGCAAUGGAGUGUGUAACAGCAAUGGCAACUGCCACUGUAAUCGAGGUUGGGCACCGCCCUUCUGCGAGAAGCCAGGCCUUGGAGGCAGCGUGGACAGCGGACCCGUGCAGUACGACAGUCAAGUGGGCUUGGUGGUUGGCCUUUUGUUUGCCUUCCUGGUGGUCCUCCCCGCUGUUCUUCUGCUCUUCUACUGCUACCACAUCAAGACGUCCUACUUCCACAAGUGGCUCACACAGCGAGAGAAGAAUAAGAGCAACAAGACGAAUACGUCUGCGGAGAACGGGAAGAAGAACGGCCAUCUAAAUCCCGCCUUUCACUUAAAGGUUGUGGGACCAAUCAACAAAGCCGGCGUCCAUAAGGGGCUUCCCGCCACCAGCAAAGAGGUCCUUCCUCUCCGACCGGCACCGCUUCCCACCGGCACCCAGCCGGUCAACGUUGUGCGACCCCUGCGACCGGUUCCAAAAGGGUCCCGCCCGCCUCUUCCGGCAGGCAAGCCGCCAGGAGUCACCCGGAAAUCCCCACCACCACCACCACAGCGUCUUAGCCCUCCCAAGAAGCCACUCCCCCUUAACCCGACAAGAUCCCCACUGCUGCAGCCCAGACCGUCCCCCUUCCCACCUCAGAGGCCCCUGCCCCUCAGUCCUGCCAGGGGAGCCUCACCUACAGCAAGUCCAGUCCGAGUGAUGACCUCAAAACCUCCUCCAAGGCUGCUGGUCGUGAUGCCCCCAGCAGGAGGACUCAGACCUGUGGGAAAAGUCUCCGCCGUCCCACCUCUCAGAGCUCUUAGACCGGUCCCAGGUGUCAAACCAAACACGGCCUCACCGCCAACAUGAAGAUGACCUUCUCCCUGGCCCCUGCUCAGCCCUUCUCCACAAAGCCUAUUUGCACUAAAGCAACAUUGUCCUUUUGUUGGACCGCAGAGAAGCAGCAAGAGGAAGAUGAUGUCAGAAGAAACAAAAGCGGGCAAAAAAAAGAGGAGAGCGCUCUAAAUUUAGCCACAUUGACGCAGUUUUGCACGGAGGCCUUGCAGACUGAGACGUUUUGCCAAAUCUGUUGUUCUUUUACAGUCAUUUUUAAAUGUGUAACUCUUGUCUUGUUUACAAUUGUUUUUAGGAUUUUGUGUCUGGUCCAAAGAGUCUCUCCAUGCCG